AUGAUUUUUGGGCUUUUUGGAUGGCUUAUAAUUGAUUUGAAGAAGUGGGUUUUGCUUAAUUUAAAAGAUGUACUUUUCUUUUCCCGAGUGCAUGCAAUUUCGGCUUUCAUAGUAUUGAGCAAUUGUAAAUAUGGAUCCAAAGGAAGACAGUUCCACAUUCGGAUCGGUAUAUCAAAUAGUACCUUAUCGAGUUAUGGAAUUAGCCUUGAAAAUGAUUGCUCUGGACAUAGUAAGUCAAAAACGAUCGCGAAAUUGCUUGAAACUUCAGCUGUCCCGACUUCCUUUUCUUCUAAUAGACUGAGGAGUUGUGACGUGUACAUAGGUUAUCAUGGACAGAAACCUUCAUUGCUUAGGUUUAUUAAUUGGCUCCGAGCAGAGUUAGAAAUUCAAGGAUUGAGCUGUUUUGUAACAGACAGAGCUAGAUGUCGGAAUUCUCAUAAACAUAUUAUUGCUAAUAUGGCUAUGGAUGGUUGUACUUUUGGGGGUGUUAUCUUGACAAGAAAGUCAUUCAGAAAUGCUUUCACUAUUGAAGAGAUCCAAUUCUUCUCGAGCAAGAAAAAAUUUGUUCCGAUAUACUUUGAUUUGGGUCCAGAUGAUUGCCUUGUUAGAGAUAUAAUCGAGAAAAGAGGGGAGUUAUGGGAAAAACACGGUGGUGAACUCUGGCUACUUUAUGGAGGGCUUGAUACGGAAUGGAAAGAUGCUUUGAGUGCCCUUUCUGGUGUUGACGAAUGGAAGCUAGUGGCUAAUGACGGUAAAUGGAGGGAUUGCAUAUUAAGAGCCGUCACUCUUUUAGCAUCGAGAUUGGGAAGGAGAAAUAUUGUAGAUAGACUAACGAAGUGGAGAGAGAAGGCAGAGAAAGAGGAGUUUCCAUUCCCACGAAAUGAGAAUUUUAUCGGUAGAAAUAAGGAGUUAUCUGAGCUGGAGUUCAUGCUUUUUGGUGAUGUAAGUGGAGAUGCAGAGCAAGACUACUUUGAACUCAAGGCCAAACCCCGACAAAAGAGCUUAACUAUUGGUUCGGGCAGGAGUAAUUCAGUGGACGAUACACAAAGGGAUCAAGAAAGAGAGAGGAGCAAGAGAAAGGGGAAACAACCAGUUGAGUGGAGAGAAUCAGAAAAGGAAAUUGAAAUACAAAGCACUGAAUUUUUUAAACCACGAAAGCGCACACCGAAUGUGAAAAAUAUCGGAAAGCAUAGGAGGAGGAGAUUGAUGAAAGUUGUCUGUGGAAAAGGAAUUGCUUGCGUUUCAGGAGAGUCGGGCAUUGGGAAGACAGAGCUGAUUCUCGAGUUUGCAUACAGAUUCUAUCAGAGGUAUAAAAUGGUCCUGUGGAUAGGAGGCGAAAACAGAUACUUCAGGCAGAAUUAUUUAAAUUUAUGGCCCUUCUUAGAAGUCGAUGUAGGAGUGGAAAAUUACAGAGAGAAAAGUCAGACAAACAGCUUCGAGGAUCAAGAGGAGGCAGCUUUAGCUAGAGUCCGAAAAGAGCUCAUGCGAAACAUUCCAUUUCUGGUGGUAAUUGAUAAUUUGGAGAGUGAAAAGGACUGGUGGGAUGGCAAACUUGUAAUGGAUCUACUCCCCCGUUUUGGCGGGGAAACGCAUGUCAUAAUCUCCACGCGUGUCUCUCGAGUAAUGAAUCUAGAGCCAUUGAGACUCUCUUACCUAUCUGGGGUUGAGGCGAUGUCUUUAAUGCAGGGAAGUGCCAAGGAUCUCUCGAUUGCAGAAAUUGAUGUUUUACGGGUUAUUGAGGAAAAACUCGGGAGGUUAACUCUAGGUCUUGCUAUUGUUGGAGCAAUUUUGUCCGAACUUCCUAUAACUCCAAGUAGGCUUUUGGAUACCAUAAACCGGAUGCCUUCAAGGGAUAUGACAUGGAGUGGUCGGGAAAAUAAAUUGUUGAGGCGGAAAACUUCCCUUUUGCAGCUUUUUGAGGUAUGUGUUUCGAUAUUUGAUCAUGCAGAUAAUGGAUCAAGGAGUUUGGCGACUCGAAUGGUUUUGGCAAGUGGUUGGUUCGCGCCAGCACAAAUUCCGGUACCCAUUCUAGCUCUAGCUGCUCGUAAAAUACCAGAAAAGCAGCCACACCAACGUUUAUGGAAAAAGAUUUUGUGUUCGUUAACCUGCAUCUUCACAUCAUCAUAUGCUCGGAGAUCACAAGCCGAAGCAUCUUACUUAUUGUUACGAUUCAAUAUCGCAAGAAGUUGUACUAAGGAAGGUUACAUUCAGUUCAACGAGCUCAUCAGGCUUUAUGCUCGAAAGAGAGGAAUCGCCGGAGUUGCACAAGCCAUGGUAGAAGCUAUCAUUAGCCGAGGGUCGAUAAACCACCACUCCGACCACAUAUGGGCCGCAUGUUUCCUUCUCCUCGGAUUUGGCAGAGACUCUAAAGCCGUCAAGGUUAAGGUGUCUCAAUUACUAUUUCUUGUGAAAGCAGUAAUUUUGCCCCUCGCCAUGCGGACAUUCAACAACUUCUCGCGUUGUUCUACUGCAUUAGAACUUCUCCGGCUCUGUACAGAUGAACUUGAAACUGCAGAUCAGGCGUUUCUCACCCCGGUCGAGAACUGGUUCGACAGAUCCCUUUGCUGGAAACAGAUUCAAACUCAAGCUCAGUUGACCCCUUGUCUUUGGCAGGAUCUUGCAUUAGCUAGGGCUACUGUUCUUGAAACUAGGGCUAAACUUAUGAUUGGAGGAGGGAAAUUUGAUAUAGGAGAUGAUUUAAUUAGGAAGGCAAUUUUUAUAAGAACUUCAAUAUGUGGUGACAAUCACCCAGAAACCAUUUCUGCUCAAGAAACUCUUAACAAAAUCACAAAGCUUCUUGCUGGUGAUGUUCAAACUCAGUUUUGA